UACGCGAUUUAUUAAAUCCUCCUUGAAGGUAUGAGAAGUAUAUAUAAGUGAAUAACCAGUUUAAACUAUCUUCUGUAUGAGAUCGCCAGUGUUAGUGGUUCGGAUAGUAUUAGAAAGAAAAUGAUGCUAUAUCAAAGAUGCUGUUUUUCUUUGCUUUUGUUGGCAAGUUUUGUUAAAUUUAACUCGGGAAUUGAUUGGAGUGUUUCUGGUUCCAACUCAGACUUGCGGAAAGGUUACUCCGCGGGGGAUGAUGCUUGUUUGGUGAAGCCUUCUGUCGAUUGCUUUACCAAAGGAUCUCAAACGGCUGCCAAAUAUUGCAAAAAAAUGGGAUGUUAUUGGUGCCCCAAAAAUACAACAAGUGAACCGUGGUGUGUAACAGGGGAAACUGAACGACCGAGAGAAUGCCAGAUCAAACAGUCGGAAGAUUGUUUUGAAACAGGAUCACGCGUCACAAAGAAAAUGUGUGACAAGAGAAAUUGCUUCUGGUGUCCGAAUAAAAAAGGAAGGCCGUGGUGUGUGAAAGGACUUUCAACCUCAAAUGCAGUGGAUACAACAGAAUCAGUGUGUAAGGCCGGAUUCGCUCCCAGGUAUACCAGUAAGAAGUCUUGUUGUUCGAUAAGUCCAGCAUAUUCCUGUGGUACAUUGCCUCCAAAAGCCAGAAUACUUGGUGGAUACGUAGCAGAGAGAGACAGCUGGCCUUGGAUGAUUCAUAUUGUUCCAUAUGGUAAUGCUGUCUGUGCAGCUGUACUCAUCAACAAGGAAUACGCUCUCACUGUUGCACACUGUGUUUUCCGAUAUUCUGCCAAAAGAAUGACUAUGACUAUAGGACUGAACAAUGUUAAAAACCCAGCAACAAAAUGGACAACUUGGGCUCAAUUGAAAAAAAAUAUUAUUCAUCCCGAUUUUCGAUAUUCUCCGCGGCUUGUUCAAGAUAUCGCUGUCAUGCAGUUCCAAAAACCAAUUUCAUAUUCCAACAACAUUCAUCCAAUCUGCCUACCACACGGAGAGGACCCACCAGUCGGGUCGAAAUGUGUUGUUGCUGGAUGGGGUUCAACUGUAUUUCGUGGAUAUGCUUCAAAACGUCUACGAGCAGCUCAAGUUUUUAUUUUGGAUCCUGAAGUUUGUGCAAAAGCCUACGGACCCACUUUCAAUACUGAAAAAAUGAUCUGUGCUGGACACAUGAACGGGAAAGCGGAUAGUUGCCAGGGUGAUAGUGGAGGACCUUUGAUGUGUCAAAGAUGUUCUUCUUGCCAGUGGUAUGUUGCUGGACUUGUUUCAUAUGGUCGUGGAUGUGGGCAGCCAGGCUAUCCUGGCAUCUACACUCGUGUAUCUUAUUUUGAAGAUUGGUUAAGAGAGAAGGGAGUUAUUGAAAAUACGAAGAAAAUAUCUUGUUAACGCCAGUUUUCGUAUAAUUUAUCGUGUAGAACAGAAAAUUUGAAAAUACGAUUCAUAUUGUACAAAUGCACUGUUUGCAAUUUUUAAAUAAGGGUAGUUUUAUUUGUACUGUGAUAUUUUUAUAUUGAAAUAAAAUAUUUUAAUAAAAUUUA